AUGGCAAUCGGCGGCAGUAACCAGCCGGCUGCGCCCGCAAAAUCCGAAAAGACCCCUCUCCCGAAGCCGGAGAACGACGGCAAUGACAAGCCGGAGAAGUUUGAUCCCCAAGAGGAGGCUGCAGGUCGCCCCAAGCCUCUUCUCAUGGACAAGUUCUCGCACAAAGCUGAAGCAAACACCCUGUUCACCUCUGGAAAGUACGAGUUCGCCAUCAACAAGUAUGACGAAGCCGUCGCCGUAUGUCCUGACUAUCUGGACUACGAACUGGCCGUACUACGGUCCAACAUUGCCGCCUGCCACUUGAAGCUGGAGGAGUGGAAGGAGGCUGUCAGCAACGCUACGACUGCUCUCGACGGACUGGACCGUUUGGAGCAGCAAGAGAAGGAGAAAAAAGAAAAGGAGCAAGCUCAGGUUGAUGAACCCGGCGCCGCCAAGAACGAUGACGCUGAAGAAGAGAUCAUCAGCGCCGGGGCUGCCAAAGCCGGCCCAGCCCUCCCCACGAGCUCCGAGGAUGAGUCAAACGAGGCGGCCCGCCAGAAACGCCAAGACGACAUCGCCAGGAUACGUGCCAAGGCCUUGAUGAGACGGGCGCGCGCGAGGAGCGAGUUGGGCGGCUGGUCAAACCUGGAGGGCGCCGUCGAAGACUACAAACGGCUGGCUGGCAUGACGAAUCUGGCGGCGGCCGAUAGGAAGGUCGUGCAAGCGCAGCUCCGGGCGUUGCCGCCCCUGGCUAAGGCCGCCCAGGAGAAGGAAACGGCUGAAAUGUGGUCGAAACUCAAGGAAUUGGGGAACGGGCUGCUCAAGCCGUUUGGGAUGAGCACAGACAACUUUCAGAUGGUGAAGGACGAGAAGACGGGCGCAUAUAGCAUGAACUUUCAGGGAGGAGGGAUGAUGAUGCUCAAGAUAGGCUCACAUGAACCACAAUUCAAGCUCCAGUGGCAAAACUGGGUCAUUUCUGCCAAGACCGCCAAGUCUGCCGAGCCAUUAUCCGUUGGUCGUUUUGUUUGGAGAAAACAACUGAAUUUCCUUUUGCAAAGAUACCCAAUACCCCUCGAAAUAAACACCACAAGUAAGAGCACAAAGUACAGAGAAAGCGUCGUCAUGGAUGUCGACAUGGACACGGGCAUGGUGCCCUUAAACCCCCAGCAACUGGGUAGUGCCCGCACAGGCGCAACAAUUCUAUGCUGUAACUGCGGCGCUCCCAUCGACGGCACCGCCUCUGCCGGCGCCCUCUGCUACGACUGCAUCAAAUCGACCGUCGACAUCUCACAAGGCAUCCCACGCGAAGGCGUCCUACAUGUCUGCCGCGAUUGCGAUCGGUGGUUGAUGCCACCCGCCAGCUGGGUGACGGCCACCCUCGAAUCAAGAGAACUACUGUCACUAUGCCUUAAACGCCUACGAAACUUGGGCAAAGUUCGAAUCGUCGACGCCCGCUUCGUGUGGACAGAGCCCCACUCGCGCCGUAUCAAAGUCAAGAUUACCGUCCAGGACGCGGUCGCCGACGGCGUCAUGAUGCAGCAGAGCUUCGAGGUGGUCUAUGUUGUGGCGAACCAACAAUGCCGGGAGUGCGCAAAGUCAUAUACCGCCAACGUUUGGCGUGCUGCCGUACAAGUGCGCCAGAAGGUGACGCACAAGAGAACAUUCCUCCUACUAGAGCAAUUGAUCCUCAAGCACCAGGCGCACAGGGACACAAUAAACAUCAAGGAAGAGAAGGAUGGUAUCGAUUUUUACUUCGCCCAAAGAAAUCAAGCCGAAGCUUUCAUCCACUUCCUCAAGUCCGUGGUCCCAGUUCACACAAAAGAGUCGAGGCAUCUCAUUUCAGCCGAUACCCACACGGGUAACAAAUCCUACAAGUACAACUAUUCCGCCGAGCUUGUUCCCGUUUGCAGAGACGACCUCGUCGCGCUACCCCUGAAGAUCGCAAAGUCGCUCGGCAACAUCUCCCCGCUCGUGCUCUGCUGGAGGAUAGGCACAUCCGUCAACCUCCUCGAUCCGAAUACCCUCCAAACCGCCGAACUCAGCGCCGAGACAUACUGGCGCGCACCGUUUGCCCCACUGGCCGGCGCCCCCGAAAUGGUCGAAUUCGUCGUCAUGGACAUCGAACCCUCAAACCAGCGCAAGGGCAAAUGGGUGCUCGGCGAGGCGACGGUGGCGCGGGCAUCGGACCUCGGCGUCAACGACAACACCUACUUCGCGCGGACGCACCUCGGCAGCCUGCUGCACCCGGGCGACUCGGUCAUGGGGUACAUGCUGACGGGCACCAACUUCAACUCGGACGCGCUCGACGCCAUCGAGAACUCGCGCGCGUACGGGUCGACCAUCCCCGACGUGGUGCUCGUCAAGAAGCACUACGCCAACCGCCGCAAGAACAAGCGCCGCAACUGGAAGCUCAAGCGCAUGGCCAAGGACGAGGGCGACCUGCUGCCCAAGGCCGCCGACCAGGCCCGUCUCGACGCCGAAUAG